AUGGAAGCGGCGGCGCCGGCGGCGGCCGAGGCGGCUGGCCGCGAGGAGCUCGAUAUGGAUAUAAUGAGGCCCUUAAUAAAUGAGCAGAAUUUUGAUGGGACAUCGGAUGAAGAACAGGAACAGGAGCUUCUGCCUGUUCAGAAGCAUCACCAGCUUGAUGAUCAAGAUGGUAUUUCAUUUUUACAAACUCUUAUUCAUCUUCUUAAAGGAAAUAUUGGAACUGGUCUUUUAGGACUUCCACUGGCAAUAAAAAAUGCAGGCAUAGUGCUCGGACCAAUCAGCCUUGUAUUUAUAGGAAUUAUUUCUGUUCAUUGUAUGCACAUUUUGGUACGUUGCAGUCACUUUCUAUGUCAGAGGUUUAAAAAGUCAACAUUAGGGUAUAGUGACACUGUGAGUUUUGCUAUGGAAGUAAGUCCUUGGAGUUGUCUGCAGAAGCAAACAGCAUGGGGACGGAAUGUGGUUGACUUUUUUCUGGUGAUAACACAGCUGGGAUUCUGUAGUGUGUAUAUUGUCUUCUUAGCUGAAAAUGUGAAACAAGUUCAUGAAGGGUUCCUGGAGAGUAAAGUGUUUGUUUUGAAUAGUACCAAUUCAUCAAGUCCAUGUGAGAGAAGAAGUAUUGACCUAAGGAUAUACAUGCUUUGCUUUCUUCCAUUUUUAAUUCUUUUGGUCUUCAUUCGUGAGCUCAAGAAUCUGUUUGUCCUUUCAUUCCUUGCCAACAUAUCCAUGGCUGUCAGUCUUGUGAUAAUUUAUCAGUACGUUGUUAGGAAUAUGCCAGAUCCCCACAACCUUCCAAUAGUGGCUGGUUGGAAAAAAUACCCCCUCUUUUUUGGUACUGCUGUAUUUGCUUUUGAAGGCAUUGGAGUGGUCCUUCCACUGGAAAAUCAAAUGAAAGAAUCAAAACGCUUCCCCCAGGCAUUGAAUAUUGGCAUGGGGAUUGUCACAGCGCUAUAUGUAACAUUAGCUACUUUAGGAUAUAUGUGUUUCCACGAUGAUAUCAAAGGCAGCAUAACUUUAAAUCUUCCCCAAGAUGUGUGGUUAUAUCAAUCAGUGAAAAUUCUGUAUUCCUUCGGCAUCUUUGUGACAUAUUCAAUUCAGUUCUAUGUUCCAGCAGAGAUAAUUAUCCCUGUGAUCACAUCCAGAUUUCAUCCUAAAUGGAAGCAAAUCUAUGAAUUUGUAAUAAGGUCCUUCUUGGUUACUAUUACUUGUGCUGGCGCGAUCCUCAUUCCUCGUUUAGACAUUGUGAUCUCCUUCGUUGGAGCUGUGAGCAGCAGCACGCUGGCCCUGAUCCUGCCGCCUCUGGUUGAAAUUCUCACCUUCUCUAAGGAGCACUACAGUAUAUGGAUGGUCCUGAAGAACGUUUCCAUCGUGUUCACUGGAGUUGUUGGUUUCUUAUUAGGGACAUAUGUAACUGUUGAAGAAAUUAUUUAUCCUACUCCCAAAGCUAUCACUAGCACUCCACACGGUCCCUCUUUAAAUUUGAAUUCGACAUGUUUUAUAUCGGGUUUGAAGUAG